AUGCACGGGUUGUACAGAAAAAACCAGCUGAGCUCGCCCGAGGAACACCUAUGCACGAACGCAAUUUGGAGGAAGAACCUGUUCAGCAGGUACGAAAUAAAGCCGAAAUAUUUUAACGUGUCCACAUAUAAUGUUAAAAAUAACUCCAAUGAAUGCUUCCAGAGGGUGUCGCACAAUUCCUGGUAUGAUACUAGCAGCUUUAGGAAGAAGAAAGGUGCAUUUUUAUUUUGCAGAGAAUUGAGAAACAUCAAUUGGAGCAACAGCCACGAUGGAGUGGAGACCAACUUGAGUGAUAUACCACACGAUGGAGUUGAGGCUUGUGUAAAUGGUGCCAUCACAAUUCACGCAAACAAUGAAGACGCCAAGAAUUUAGACGACUGUGGUAGCUUGCCCCAGGAUAUGGUAGGUUGCCACCCAAAUGACAAACCAUUGAAUGAUAAAACAUCAAAUGAAAGAGAGAGAGAAAAAAAAAAAAAAACACUACCUUUACCCAACGAUGGAGUAUCUCCCACUGGUAGCUUGUUAACCCUUCAUGCCCGAACAAGAAAGCUACACAAAUUAGCAAAAAUGGGGAAUGCCAAAAAAGCAUAUAACGUUAAAAAUGAAAAGUGGACUCCUGAAACGGGUUCACCUUUGGAGCAUGAACCCGCACAUAGGUAUACCCACAAAUGGGACGCCACCCAUGCGGUUAGCGGCAAGGUGUACAAAAAGAAACAAACGAGCAUCGAUUUGUGCAAGUACAAAAAGGAUAAUAGCUUAAAGGAGUGCGAUUUGCAUGGACAGGUCAACGAGAAAAUCAUUUCCAGCAGUCUAUCAGUUGAAAAAGAAAUUUUGUGCGUAGGCCAAUUAGCCACACUUCCUGUAGACGACAAAAUGAGGUCAGACAAGAGUGGAAAAGGGCAAUUGGCAAACAGUUUUAAAAAGAUGAAAGAGAAAAGUGUUCACAGAAGGGAAAACUUAGUGGGGACGUUACAGAUGACCCCUUCCAGGGAACACGCAAAAAAGGAGUCUCUUGUCCGCUCCUACUUCACUUCUGAGGCGGCAUCUGUUAGUGUGAUUGCAGGUGGAGGUGACGCCCAUGAGGGGAGAAAAGUUGAAGAGAAAACCACACCAGUGGUGGAAGAACAAAUAAGAGGGAUUUUUCACCCCACUGGGAAUGCCAAAGCGAUGGUUAAAGUAAUUGGCCUGAUUAAAGGAACGUGCGCAGGUUAUGAACAAACGGGGAGACGCUUCUUGGGGGCACAAAAAAUGCUUCUAAACGAAAGCAAACAGGGGAGGAAAGAGAAAGAAGGGGGCUUAGAGGAUAAUGUUGGUCGAGUUACCACCUGGAACUGCGCAUUAGAAUCACCUCACCAUGGGCAAGGCACCCCCCCAAAGAACACACGAAUCACCACUUCUCUGCAGAGAGCAAAUGGGGGGCAUAUUCAAGAUACAUGCUCAUCAAAGUACUCUUCAACAAAAAGACCAACCACAGAAUGUAUGAUGAUUGAAGACGUAGAUGUAAAUAAGCCCAGACAGGAUGAAGCGGAGGAGCGAAUCAUAGGGGUGUCCACAAAUGUACCACGACAGAGUAAAAAUCUGCACCUGUUAGAUGCGCCCAGGAAUGAAAUGAUCUUUUUUGACUCCCUUCAUAACACGCAAAUGUAUUUUAGAAUCGACUUUAAGCUGUAUAGGCCCAUUCUUAUGAGGACCAUUACACAAGUGAGGGUGUACUCCAAUGAGAAGCUACUUCAGUGUGUUUAUAUAAAAGAGUACCCUCAAAAAUUUUCUGUAGUUGUGCAAAGUGCUGUCCGAAUGUGUAAUGGAAAAGUGCUAGCCAAAAUGAAAAAUAAAUUAAUAAACAUCAAAGAAACAGGGGUUCUAAAUUUUACGUAUCUAACAAAUGAAAAAGUAAUUGGCUGUUCCCAUAUUAGCAUUAAGCAUCUGGUAAGUGCUGGAGUGGAAGGAGGCCUUUUCAUUCCUGUAGAUGACCACACAGAUUGUACAAAACAGAAAUAUCUGAGAGAAGGGUUUGUGGCAGAUCCUCUUGUUCAAUUCGGAAGACAAGAAAUUAACGUUUUGAAGUCUAAAAUAUUUGUCAACUAUAAGAUUGACUGCCCGAGAAUGAUGCAUGAUUUUAUUGCAUCUGGUGAAGUGGUGACAGCUAGGGCUAAAAUUUCUUUCCUGGAGGAUAUGGUUAGACAAAUGUAUAGCUUCAUACAAGAUUCGACGCUGGUCAGAUUCGUGAAGGGUGCACGGGUCGUACAUGGGGGGGCUGCUAGUGCACGGGUAUCCUCCUCGGAGUAUAACGGGUUGGAGGAACCAGCGAAAGUGGAAAAGGAGGACCCACACUCAGACGGAGAAAAAAACACCCUCGGUGGAAGCGGUCAUAUGGGGCACGACGAUUCGAGACAACGCGAGGAGGGUAGUCCCCCCAGUGCGCUCAACGGAAGCAACGCCCUGCAAAACGGUGGCGAGGAGACUGAAGAUCAUGUGCCCAUUGGUUGUUCGGCCCCCAAUGACGAAAGGGACGAUACAGCAGAUAGGGAAGAAAAAGAGGAAGGGGAAAAUAAACAUGAGGUGGCGGAAAAAUCCAACAGCACUGAUUUACGCGAAGGACGUUGCGAUGAUACGCCUACCUCGAAUGAUAAAGCUCCCCCUUGGUGUGAUGGCGUAGCCACGUGUGACCUACUUGGGGAGACACCCAAUCGCAGUCACGUAGUGGAAGAAGUGUUAAAAUGGAAACCGGAAGAGCAGGGGACGUGUAAUUAUCACCAUGUUGAUGGUAUCACCCCGCUGCAGACGCACAACGAGAAUGAGGACAACGCUGAGAAGGAGGAGAAUCAUGAGAACCCCUCGAAAGGCAGCAAAGACGAAGCAGAGGAAGGCGGCACAAACAGGUGUGCUCCAAAAGGGGUACCCCCCACUUACACUAAAGGACCAAAGACAUAUUACCCAUUUCAACAUAAAAGCAGAAAAAAACAAAUAGAACAACUAGAGGGCCUCAUAGUGGAGUAUAAAAAAGAAUUAAAAGAAAAAGCCGAGGAGAUACAAAAAUUAAAACAUUCAAACAAUAACACCAAUAUACUUUACAAAGCCUGUUACAGGAAACUACGGGAAAUUGAAAAUGAAAGGAAAAGAACUGAUGCAAUGAACUUUCUACUCAAAUUUGAUCAUUGCUCUGCUAAUAAAUUAACCAAGCCUUUAGACACAAAAAAAGCCCUCCCCCAAAGAAAGGCAUAUACAGGAAGUGACGCAAAUGUAGUGGUGGGUCCUGAUGUACGAAGGGUAAACUCACUGGGAAGUGCCUUAGUUGCGAUAAACAAUGAAGAGAAAAAUAUGGGUGGAAAUGCCAACCGUAGGAGCGGCACUGGCAACGUCACAGGAAGCAGCACCUAUGUAACCAGCAUGCGGAGUCUCCCUCUAGCGGGCAAGGAAAAAUUAAACAAAAGGAAACAGACCAUCCACACCGAGUCCGUCAACAAGGCGAUUAUGAUGUUAUUCGACCCUGAGUUGGGGAAAAACUUCCGGGACGAAAAGGUUGCCACACGGAAGGGAGGCGAUGUCGACCAGUGCGGUGACAACUGCGGUGACCGCCGCGUCCUCCUGACUAACUACCAAAUGAAGGAAAAAAAAAUUGACGCACUUGUAAAGGAAAACGAAUCGCUAAAGGAACGAAUAAACAAGUUAACCCUAACCGAUACGGAAUACUGCAACAGAAUACCACCACUCAAAAAGGUCUACUCCACCACAAGGGCACAUGACAAAUGUAGGGCCCAGAGACACGCGAAAUUAAGAAGCGUUGAACAGCGGUGUACAAACUCAAACUACCUGGAGCAUUCGUGGGGGGAGAAAAAAAAAAUUUACAACUACGCUGGGGUGAGGAACAAGUAUAGCAGUAACAGCAGAUUUAACUUUCCUCUCAAUUUGAUUAAAAGUUAUUCUAAUGAUCCCAUUGCACAUAGAGGCGUGGAUAUCUGUCCUUCCGGGUUCUAA